CAGUGCCAUUCAUUCUCACAACAACUACAAAAGCAAAGCCGCUGACACCCAUGGCUGGAGCGUCGCCGCCGUUGUGUUUGGUGGUUUUGGUUGUUUGUUUAUUGGGGUUUUCCGGCGCCGCCGAUAUGAACGGGGAGCUGGAGAUCACGUGGGGUGGCGACCGAGCCAAGUUUCUGGACGGCGGAAAUGAGCUGACGCUGUCGCUUGACAAAGGCUCCGGCUCCGGCUUCUGGUCGAGGAACCAAUAUUUGUUUGCCAAAAUCGACAUGCAGAUCAAGCUCGUCCCCGGAAACUCCGCCGGCACGGUCACGGCGUAUUACUUACGUUCAGAAGAGUCAAAGUGGGAUGAGAUAGACUUCGAGUUCUUGGGAAAUCUUAGUGGUGAGCCAUAUAUUGUUCAUACAAACAUCUUCGUUCAAGGUAAAGGUGAUAGAGAGCAACAAUUCUACCUCUGGUUUGAUCCAACCGCUGAUUUUCACACUUAUUCCUUUCUAUGGAAUCUCAAAAAUAUCAUAUUGUACGUGGAUGGGACUCCGAUAAGAGAGUUCAAGAACAUGGAAUCCAAGGGCAUUCCAUUCCCCAAAAACCAGGCAUUGAGGCUACAAUCAAGCCUGUGGAACGGCGACAGCUGGGCCACAUGGGGAGGCCGAGUGAGGAUCGAUUGGUCUCAGGCUCCUUUCACUGCUGCCUACACAAACUUCAACGACGAUCAGGCAUGCAUUUGGUCCUCCUCAGCCUCCUCCUCUUGCGCUGCCUCAUCCAAAGACGAUUCUUGGCUGUCCCAACAGUUGGACUCGGCCGCACACCAAAAGCUCGAGUGGGUGCACAAAAAUUACAUGAUUUAUAACUAUUGCACUGAUUUCAAGAGGUUCCCCCAAGGCCUCGCCCCUGAGUGUGUCACCCAAGGAUAGAUCAAACUACCUCUUUGUUUAUUAACGAAUCACUUCUGCAAUAGCUCAACUCGAAGUAUUAUUGACUUCGAAGUACUAUAAUCUAAUAGUUUGGAAUAAAAAAUAGAAGAAACCUACGACUU